UAGUGGGGCUCUCUCUCUCUCCUAGGUUUAUGCAGAAGGUUUACACAUCACUCAGAAACGUUACAGUCUCCAGCAGGAACCAUACACGCUUGUGUCGCUGCGUCUCCCGUUUCCCCCCUCCUUCAUGUCCGGGAAGUUGUUUUAACUCGAGUCAUAUGAUUUGAUCUCAGCGAAGCAGAAACACGCCUGCUAACAGAAACAGUGGUCCUUCCCACAGGAAAGAAACAGAAAAACUACGACUCGACGAAGAGGAGCAGACUUUUUUAAGCUGUUAGCUGAAGGGAAGUUAAGCCAAGAUGGUGCAGCGUGGGGACCGACACUCACCAACGACAGCCUCGCCUGUAGCGGCUGUGCCAUGCUGCUAAUGCGUAAUAUUGGUGCCAUUAACAAACAGAAGCACCGCGGGAAGCUGUCGGGUCUGAUGAGGGCUGUGCGCUUUUGACGCACGCACGUCAGCCAGCUGGAAAUCUUCACCAUGGAGAACAAGGAGGAGUUGGAGGAGAAGCUGAAGAAACUUUUGGUGCGACUGAAAAAUCCCAAAGAGGACAGCCAGCUGAGCAAUCUGAUCCAAAUCCUCCAGGAUCUGCUUUCCCUGGCGCACAGCGCGCACGCAGCUGAGCUGUUUGAGGACAAGAACGUUCACCUUCCCCUCGUGACGGUGCUGUCAUCUUACAUCAGCAGCAAAGGAGUCCAGCAGGAGGGCUGGUUGCUGCUGUGUAAGCUGAUUGAAAUAUGUCCCAGAACGCUGGAGCAUCUCAGCCAACCUCUGGAGGCAGCCGUGGACUGGGAGAUCCUGGCAGUGCACCAACUGAUCCUGAAGGUGCUGACUCGGUACAGCUCAGACUGCGGAGUGAUCGUGGUUGGCCUCCGAGCACUGGGCCUGCUGCUCAGAUCAGACACGAUUCCUCUGCUGGUGCUGGAGGAGGAGGAGGAUGUCUUCAGCCUGGUGGUGCGGGUGAUGAAGACUUUUCCUACCAGUGAGGAGGUGCAGCUCCAAGGCUGUGUAGCUCUGCAGCUGCUGCUGGACAGAGUAAGUGAUGAGCACCUUGUGGAGUUUGUGGAGAACCAGGACCACACAGUGGUUCUUUCAGCUCUGCAGAGGUUCUCCGACAGCCUUGAGCUGCAUCUGCAGGCUUUGAAGGUGCUACUCCCUCUGGCUCGAACAGCCAGUAAUGUGGAGGUGUUGAUGUCAGGAGGGACGCGGUGCUACAGCGUGGUCAUCUCCGCCAUGGACGCUUUCCCCGAGGUGGAGGAGCUCCAGGAGUUGGGCUGCUGCCUGUUCAGGAAGUUCACAUCAGAGAGCUACUAUAGCAUCCUGGUGCAGAACAGAGUUCAGAGAGUAGCGGUGAGGGCCUGUCAGACGUUCCCUGACAACGCCAUGCUGCAGGCUGCAUCCCUCUCCUGUCUGGCUCACCUCACGGCAACCAUCGUCCAGAGCAAGGCGGUGGCCGAGCAGGGUCUGGAGGAAGGAGAGGAGGAGGAGAACAGAGGUAAAGAGGAGGUGGAGGACAUGGGCCUGUGCUGGAUGGAGGACUGCUGUACUGCACUGGAACUGCACGCUGCUGAGGCCACCGUUCAGGAAGCAGCGAGCUGGGCCAUUCACAACCUGCUGCUGCACGGAGAACGAGGUAACCACCCAGAGGAGGAGUCAGACGGCAGGACUCCUGUUCACAGACAGCUGAUGGCUGCCAUGCUGCUCCACUCCUCCUCUCCUAGUGUGUUUAGAGCUGCUACCACCGCCAUUGCCACUCUCAUCACUAACAACAGCAGAAUGAGCUCCUUGCUGCUGUCCAGCGGCCUUCAUGUGAACCUGGUGGAGAUGAUGAGGAGACAUCUGAGCUCAGCAGAGGUUUCCGUCAGUGCCUGUAAACUGCUGAAGCUGCUCUUCCAGGGGAGGACUGCCAGCCUGGAGGAGUUAAACACGGUCAUGAGUCAGAUCCUCAGCACCAUGAAGGUCCACAACUUUCUGCCCGAGGUGCAGCUGGAGGCGCUGCAGGCCAGCCUGGUCUUCCUGUGUCCAGACAGGAGUUUGAGGGAGCACGGCGUCUCGGUCGCUGAUCCCGACAGGGCCGACGUGGAUCUGAGAGUCCUGAAAAACCAGUGUGUGGUGGAAAAGGCUCAUACGCUCUAUCUGGAGGUUCUCAACCGGUUUAUCAGCUGUCCCAGCAUCCAGCAGUGUGGACUGAGGGUUCUGUCUGCUCUGGCUGACUGCUCAGGUGCGGUGGACCUGUUGUGCCAGCAGGGCGCGAUAGACACAGUGCUUCAUACACUACAGAUGUUCCCUAAGGAGAGAGAGAUCUACUACUGGGGUAUGACCCUGCUCAGCUACCUCGUCUCCAAGAAGAAGCUCUCCAGGAUGAUCAUACCUGUCAUGGCCUCCGUUGUCAUUGCCUCUCUUCAUCAGUACAGAGAAGACACUGAGAUGCUGCUGAAGUGUUUUCAGGUGGCACUGAGGAUGCUGGACGCCUGCUCGGGUGCUGCAGCUGAGUUGCAGAGAGAAGACUUUGACAGGCACAUCUUCUACCACCUUAGAAAGGAGAACAACCAGAAGACGGGUCCCCUGUGGAAGUCGUCGUGCCUGGCCCUGUCUAAGAUGUGGAGUGACUCGCAGCUACACUACCAAAUGCUGGAAAAAGCCUGCAUGGACGGAGACACGAUGAUGGCUGAGUGUCUGAUUGAGUUGGGCGCCGACAUCAACAGAAAGACCAAGAAUGAGUCACUUAUUUUUCAGGUGUGUGAGAGAGGAGGACCUCUGGAGCUGGUGGAGCUGCUGCUGAGCCAAGGAGCCCACGAGCAGCACCUCCGCAGGGCUCUGGCCGUGAGUGUGAAGCGGGGCGACGGGCCUACGGUCAUCCAGCUGCUCAGCAGGCUGGGUUUGGACCUGAACAACAGCGCUCUGUGUCUGGGUGGCUUCAGGCUCGGUCGCCUGGAUUCAGCUUGGCUGAGCCCCCUGCUGGCAGAACGAGGCAGAUCCUACAGUCCACGCUACAACAACACUAAAGGCAUCAGCUUGGCGAAGUACAUCCAGUCUCUCCAGAGGUCAAAGAGCACCAGCUGCUUCUCCAGACCCACGUCUGAUCAGAGUCUGACUUCUGAUUACAUUUCUGACGAGAGCGAUGACUCCAGCUUCUACUCGAUGGAUGACAGCUUGUUCAUCAACGACGAUGUGGAGAGUGAUGAAGGAGAUUCUUCAUCAGGAUUUCUGUCUCCGAGGUUCUGUAACGGCUCAGCCGACGAGCCGAGGGGGGACUCCCUCAGAAGGAAGCAGGGGCAUUGCAGCCAUCGCAGCUCAGAGAACGGUCGUCCUGAAAGUGAAAACGGCGCGUCUUUUCAAAGAAGAUAUGGAAGGAGCGUCUCCAACCAAAAAGGACUGGGGUCUGGUGAAAGGGAACAGAUCCGUCUGCUGGACCUGUCGGGGAAUGAACUGGACACCCUGUCCUGUUUGCUGGAUAAUGCUUUGGUCCAGCAGCAGCUGUGGCAUAUUGUCCGUUUGGACCUGAGCCACAACAUUUUGCUGGAGUUUCCUUCUUCUCUCUGCCAGAGUUUACAGAGUCUGACGCUACUGGACCUGCAGGGAAACCAGCUGCAGUCUCUGCCAGAAGAGCUGCUUUCUCUGCCCUCCCUCAGCAUGCUGAACGUUUCUCAUAACCAGCUUGGUCCAGUGUUGACCUUUGACCCCACUGUCACUUGCUCUUCACUGAAGCAGCUCAACCUUUCGUUCAAUAAAAUCAGCACAUUUCCUCACAAGCUGGGACGCACCAUGGAACAACUGGAGGAGUUGAUUAUGGAAGGUAACAGUAUAGCUGAGCUGUGCACACCUCUGUCUCUGCCUGAGAUCAAGCUGCUAGAUGUGAGCAGGAACAACAUGGAGAAGAUCUCACCUCAUGUCCUGACCAGUUGCCCCAAACUGGAAACACUGAUUGCCUCUCUGAACAAGAUCUGUUCCGUCUCACAGCUGCCAGUCCGGAUUACAACUCUGAAACUAUCCAACAACAGCUUCACUCACAUCCCUGAGGCUAUUCUCAAUCUUCCAAAUUUGCGAUCAGUGGACAUGAGAACCAACAACAUCACGGUUCUCCCGGGUCCGGGCUUCUGGGCAUCCAGUAACAUCAGGGAGCUGAUUUUCAGUCAGAACAGCAUCAAAGUUCUGGAUGUGAGUGGACCAGUCUGCAGGUGGACCAGACUGGAGAAACUGCACCUGAGUGACAACAGGUUGACUGAGAUCCCUCCACAGAUCGGCCUGUUGGAGGGUUUGACGUCCCUAGAUGUCAGCCAGAACUCCAAUCUGCGAUCCUUCCCAGAUGAAAUGGGAAAACUAAGCAAGCUGUGGGAUCUGCCGCUGGAUGGCCUUCGACUGGAGCUGGACCUGAAACUCAUUGGAAACAAGACUAAAGACAUAGUCAGGUUCUUGCAGCAGCGGCUGAAGAAGUCAGUGCCGUAUUAUCGCAUCAAGCUCAUCGUGGUGGGCAACUCGGGCAGUGGGAAGACCACACUGAUCAGGCAGCUGAUGAAGCUCAAGCGCUCGCAGCCAAACUCAAAGCAGAGUUCUGUUGGUGUUGAAGUCUCUGACUGGACCAUCAGAGAAUGGGACAAGAAGAAAAUGGUCCUGAAUGUCUGGGACUUCUCAGGUGGAGAGGACUUCAGUGGCUCUCACCCCCACUUUCUGACAUCCAGAGCUCUCUACCUGGUUGUUUACAACCUGAGCAAAGGAGCCAGUCAGGUGGAUGCUCUCAAACCCUGGCUCUUCAACAUUAAAGCUGUGGCUCCGCUGUCCCCAGUCAUCCUCGUGGGGACACACACAGAUGUGAGUGAGGAAGCGCAGCUCCAGGCUUGUCUCGGUAAGUUUCGACAGGAGCUGCUGAACUAUCAGGGCUUCCCGGCCAUCAGAGACCAUCACAUAGUCUCUGCCUGCGAGGACUCGGAUUCCAUCGUCAAACUCCGUAAGACUAUCAUCCGGGAGGUCACCAGCUUCAAGAUCCAAGGCCAGGAAGUUAUAGGUCAGCUGGUGCCAGACAGCUAUGUGGAGCUGGAGCGCAGGAUUCUGCAGGAGAGGACCAAGGUCCCCCCAGAGUUCCCCGUUCUCAGGCACAGCGAGCUUCUGCAGCUCAUCCACAAGAGUCAGCUGCAGCUGGAGGAAGCCGAACUGCCUCAAGCUAUCCACUUCCUCAGCGAAGUUGGGAUUCUGUUGCACUUUGAUGACCCUGCGCUUCAGCUGCAGGAAUUCUACUUUCUCAUCCCACAGUGGCUCUGCAACGUCUUGUCUGAGAGAGGGAUGCUAAAGAGCUGUAGUCUCUGGGAGCAACCCAAAGGAGUUAUUCAGCGAUCCGUGGUGGAAAGGUUUCUGUUUGAGACCAAAUGUUUCCCAAAGAGCCACCUGGUCCAGUUCUUUAAACUCCUGGAGAAGUUUCUGAUUGCUCUUCCCUUUGGGGACGGCCAGCUUCUUGUUCCUAGCAGCUUGUCCAAACACAGGCCGGUGAUCGAGCUGCCUCACUGUGAGAACUCUGAGGUGAUUGUGCGUCUGUAUGAGCUGCCCUACUUCCCCAUGGAUUUCUGGUCCAGGCAGAUCAGCCGCCUGCUGGAAGUCUCAUCCUAUUUGCUCGGUGGAAGAGAGAAAGUUCUCCGACCAAACCGAAUCUACUGGAGGAGAGGGCUUUACUUAAACUGGUCCCCUGAGGCCUACUGUCUGGUGGAGGCUGCCUCGGAGGAGCAAAGUCCCUCCAGCUUUGUCAGGAUAACGGUUCCCUCAUCUCGAAAAGGUAAGGUGUUACUGGGCCAGUUGGUGGACCACAUCGACUCGGUUCUGGAGGAAUGGUUUCCUAGUCUGUUCAACACCGACAUGCACGGCAACGGAGAGGCUCUGCUGAAGAAGUGGGCUCUGUACAGCUUUGAGGAUGGGCAACAGUGGAGCAAGAUUCUGCUGGAAGAUCUUUUUAAAUAUUUUGAAAACGACUUUUUGCUGGUGAACCCCGAGGACCCGCGCUGCACCAUCCCCAUCUCUCAGAUCGCCCCAGACUUGGUUUUGAGUGACCAGCCUGCAGCAACAAUACUGGACAGCGAGGAGUUGGAAGUAGACAUGUCCAAAGAGAACCGACUAGACGGCGGUUUUGGGACAGUUUAUCGAGGAGUCUAUAAAAAUGAAGAAGUCGCUGUGAAGCUUUUCAACAAACACGCUUCUGAGCUUUAUGUCUACAGGCUCCUUAGACAGGAGUUAGCCGUUCUGGGUCGCCUCCAGCACCCCAGCCUGGUGGGCCUGCUGGCAGCCGGCUCGGUUCCACAGGUUCUGGUGAUGGAGCUGGCUCUCAGAGGCUCUCUGGAUUCCCUCUUUCAACACAAGAACAGAAGUCUUAACCGAAAGCUCCAGCACAGGAUCGCCCUGCAGGUGGCAGAUGGACUCAGAUACCUUCACUCAGCCAUGAUCAUCUAUCGGGACCUGAAGCCCCACAACGUCCUCCUGUUCAACCUGAAAAACGACUCUGAGAUUGUCGUCAAAAUCACAGACUACGGGAUCGCUCAGUACUGCUGCAGCAUGGGAGUGAGGAGCUCAGAGGGCACGCCAGGUUUCAGAGCCCCAGAGGUCGCCCGCGGUAACGUGAUCUACAACCAGCAGGCCGAUGUGUUUUCCCUCGGAUUGCUGCUCUACGACCUGCUGACGUGCGGCGAGCGCAUUUCAGACGGAAUGAAGUUCCCCAGCGAGUUUGAUGAAAUCGCUGUGCAGGGGAAACUUCCAGAUCCAGUGAAGCACUACAGCUGCUCACCUUGGCCAGGCUUUCAGGCGCUGAUGAAGGACUGUCUGAGGGACAACCCACUGGACCGACCCACCUCUGCUCAGGUGUUCGACAGGCUGAAUUCUGGCGAGAUGCUGUGCCUGAUGAGGGAGCUGGAGUUUUCACGGAUGUUCAGCCCUCAGUGCAUCACUGUGAGCUCCAUCAGCAGUGAUGACCAUGUUGCACCCCACCACGUGGCUUGGAUCGGUGGGGGCAGCAGCUCCAGGAGGCGGGGCUUCGUCACAGCCGUAGACUUGAACACCAACAGGUUCACAACACAGGAGGUCGACACCAGCCCCGUCCUGUGCCUGGAGACAGUCCAGGUCCCAGACGAGGACUGUGAUUGGCUGGUAGCAGGCACGCAGUCUGGCUCCUUACUUCUCAUCAGCACCAGGAACUCGUCCACCUGGCACUACCUGCAGAGUGUCGGCGAUGCGGUUACCUCGCUGCACUUCCACGUGAACCCUCGUCGCACCCAGAGAAGGAAUUACCUGCUGGUGGGGUCAGCCGACGGAGUCCUCAGUGUUUACGAGGACUCCACUCUCAGGCAGGAGAACGGCCAGCCGGUGAAAACUCUCUCUGUGGGAAACGUCAACACACCGCUUGUGUGUCUCGUCCAGUCCGUUCACCCGCUGGACUGCAGGUCCGUGUGGGCCGGCUGCGGAACCAAGAUCCUCUCCUUCUCUGUUCAAUACAACGUCUGCAAGUCCAUCGACACCAGACCUAACGUCUCCUCCCAGCAGAAGCUACUGAGCAGUGAGGCGUGUGUGUCCCGAAUGGUUGUGGAUAAAUACGUGUACCUGAGUAAAGCUGGAACACCGACUGUUGAAGUCUGGGACAAGAAGAGCGAGAGGAUGGUGGACUGCAUCAACUGUGCUCAGAUUAUUAGGAACGACUCUGCGUGCAGAUGGAGGCGGGGCAGCAGAGUGGAUCUGGGCUCUGAUUCGUCCUCCUGGGCCACGGUGAAAGCUCUGCUGGUGCAGAGCUCUGCAGCUCUCUGGAUUGGCACCAGAGGCGGCCACCUGCUGCUGCUGGAGCUCUCUAAACACCAGCCACUGCAGGUCACGGCACCCAUGUGUGACUCUGUUCGCUCCAUCACCUCAGCAUUCAUACCUGGUUUCUCACGAGCAGAGACACUGGACUGGAAGAACGUGGUGCUGGUUCUGGGCAGAAGACUCCCACGAGACAAGAAUCAAGAUGAUGAGGAGUCUGUGCUGAUGGUGUGGAACAGCAUGCUGCCACAUGAGGUCAAAGACCUGAAGAAGCACUGUGAGAGGAGAGAGCAGAUCGCUGCUAAAAUGAAAGAGCAGCUCCUUCAUGCCUGAAGCAGCAGAGGCGUCAGCCAAAAGGGACGGACUCCCCAGUCACGUUGAAAGGGACGUUUUACUCCAUUGUGCACUUCCCAGUACUCUGGCCUUGUGAAUCCCACAUCGCUCCUGGCAACAGAAUCAAAGGCAUCGGAGUCAAGACUUCUCCCACUGUCCCCGUGCACGUCAUUCCAGAUGAUGACUGUUUAAAGGGAUUUUUCAGCCACUUCCAAGAGUUUUUCUUUGUAAAAGUUUUCAUCUCUGUUUUAUGUUAUUCAUCUGAACGGCCUCAGUUUAGAGAAAUAGCAUUCACACCCUGAAUGACUGGUGAGCGAAGGGCUUAAAGCUGUAAAGGAUUGCAUAGCAACGUUUACACCCCUAUCACUUUUACUCUGGUUUAUGUUGCACUUGAGCUAGCGUAUCUGCCCUCUGAUCAGGUAAAACAACAGAGACGCUUUAAACGGCUCAGAUAAAUCUCUUUACCUUCUGCGUAUGUCUAAAAGGGACAGAUGACCUGAUGUAAGGUGGCACCAGACAUAUUUGUUUACCUGCCCAACCAGACAGCAGAAACUAUGAAGAAUGCCAGAACUAGAAGAAGCCACUAAAAUGUAAGUUUGAUUAUUUAUUCUCAUGUCUGUGUUUAUGAGUGCUCCUCAGAGGUCAGGACACAGCUUUUCACCAUGCUGCCUUUGCAUGUUUUCUCCUUUUCUACAUUUUAUUCAGUCACUUUGAUGCAAAACAAGUCAGUAAAAGCUAUUUUAUACACCA